UUAAAAAGUAAAGCAGAAAAGUUUGAGAAAUUGAAAAAAGAAGAUCCAGAGAAGGCUGCAAAGUUUCGUGAAAAUGAGGCAUGGUCUAAAGCUCUACAAAAGGCACGAGGCGAAAAAAUUAAAGAUGACCCCAAAUUAUUAAAGAAAACUAUUAAAAAGAUCAACUUUAAAAAGAAAAGUAGUGAAAAGGCAUGGAAAGAACGAAUUAAAGCGGUUGCCAAGACUCAAGCUGAACGGCAACAAAAAAGGACUGAAAACAUUCAAGCUCGUAUUGAUGCAAAGAAAAAUAAG